AUGAAUACUGGAGCAAGUGCCUCUUCAGAACCCUCAAAAUGGCAUUUAGCACCAUUUUUAACUUUUUUGGAUACAGUACCACAAGAAAGAAACACUAUAUCAAAUAUAUUUGAUACUGAUAAUAACGAAGAUUCUGGCUCAGACGAAGAGGAAAUAAAUAUCACACAAGAUGAUAUACUGCAGUCAUCACCAAUAACGCAAGAUCCUCAAUCUCCAUCGACUUCAAGAUCACAAAAACCGACUAAUAAAAAAAAAAAUUUAAAAGUCACUGAAUUAUUGGACAAAAGAUCAAAGGAAAGAACGGAGCUGAUGACGCAACUGAUUGCUAAACAAAAUAAGGACGAGUACGAUGAGGUUGAUCAUUUUUUCAAAAGUUUAGCUCUAUCUGUCAAAAAGUUGCCACCACAGUUAAUUUCACAGGCGAAAUUGAAAAUGUUGACAAUUGUGACUGACUUGGAACUUCAAGCUGAUAAUUAUACACAUAACGUCCACAUCAUACCUAACUGCAGUAGCAGAGUAUCAUUACAGUCAAAUAAUUCUACUAGUAGCUCACCAUACUCUAACAACUUUACUCCAUAUAGUUAUAGUCCACCUUCACUAGAUUCACCAUCAUAUUCGAGUAUCCAACAACAGUUCGGACCAACAAAUACAACGACAUUUACGCCUUUCCAGUCAGUUCAAAAUAUGAGUAAUGAAUGGAACACAAAUUCUCAGUAA